AUGUCUUCCAACGUUCUGGCCGCUCGCGACGUCAACACCUCGAUGGCUUCCCAGCCUGCUGAGGUCGACAGCAACACCAAGCCCGGCGUCAUGAGCAUGGAGCACCACCGCCAGGUCUUUCAAUCCAAGAUGGAGCAGGGCGAGAACAAGUUUAUCUCUCCCUCAGACAACAUCAUGAGCCCCUGCACGGCCAAGCUCUCGGCCUUCCGCAGCAAGCAGGUCGGCAAAGUCAAGCCCAAGUCGCUUUUCGCUCAGGCGUCCGCUAAGAAGCUCGGCACCGGCAACAGCGCCAACGGCGCGGGACUUUUCGGCAGCAAGCCUGCUGCGCCGGCGCAGGGCAACAACAGCAACCCUUUUGGCAGCAAGUAA